AUGAAUACCCCUCAGCGCUCGGCGGAAGCAGGACCAAGUCGAUCCAGGCCAUCUACACCUAGAAAAAACAUACAUGCAAGUGGAAGCACCCCCUCCACUCCGGCCCAGAAUAACGAUGAAGGUGAUAAUCCUCGAACGGACCUGAGUGCAAUCGCUUCCACACCGGGAGGUACAGGUGGUGGGGAUGGAGAAGGGGAUGAAGAUGGCGAUGAGGAGAGAAUGGAUAUCAAGUUGAUACAGAGUUUUGCAGAUAAAAUCCAACACCUACCUUCAACCUCCGAGACUGAUGGGAUCACCGCCCGAAGCAAGAUUAUCAUUCCUAGGAGGGGUGAGAAAGACUUUGAGCCAUUAUCGGAAACUGUCAACUUGCAGGAAAUGAUGUUACAGAAAUCUCGUGAAGCGUUGUUUAACGCCUUGGUAGGUGUCAGGGGAGGUAAUUCCAAAUCUAUCGCUCACGCUAUUAUAACACCUUCGAACCCAUAUCCCAGGAUGUUGAUCAUCCAUGGUCAUCUGUUCGACACGAUCGGGAUGUCCAUUCGUUAUUCUACCUCGACCAAAGAUCAAGAAAAAGGUAAAAGCAAAGGAUAUUCACAGACUGAACUGUUACCUGAGGAAGCGUUGUAUCUUUUGGAAAGAGGUACAUUGCAAAUUUGGAUUUCGAAAGAUCUAACGGACGAAGAGAAAGAGAAUGGAUGGGGAGAAUGGUCAGAAGAAGAAUAUGGUGUGAAAGGUGCGAUUGAAAUGAGUGUGAUGGAUGGAUUUGGAACGUUUAUAGGUAGAGAUGGACUAAGCUGGGAGAGGUAUCAGGCAUACGCGUAUCUCAAAAGACUAGGCUACACUGUUCAACGUACCCGACAAUUCAUACCUGAUCAUUUCCUCUUCGACCCUUCUCCCUUCUCAACCUUAUCAAAAGAUUCUACUGUCGAUCCCGACGAAUUACAUCCUGGCAUGCAACCCUUCCACACGUGGUGGUUGAACAUUCCCAAGUGGAUAACAGGGUUGUUCAGGUAUAUAGGCAGAAGUGUCAAGAAUGUUGUAGGGAGAAUAAGUCGGGUAGGAUUGUUCGCCGAUAAGAGAUUGAAAGGGACUUUAUUGGAAGGAUGGAAUGGUAACAGCUAUAAAUCAAUAUUCCAACAUCUUCGAAUAAUUCCUCAAGGUCACUCUCAACCACUUCCCAUCCGAGCUUCACCUCCUUCCGAAUCGCUCAAAUCGAAAUACGAUAUACUCCAGCAUAAUCCUUAUCUACCUUUUUAUCAUAUUUGGAAACCUUCUGCGCCAUUUACAAAGAGAGGUUGGGAUAAAGGUAGUGAACAGGGAUUGAAGGAUUAUCCACCUACCUAUUGGGCAGGUGUGGUAGACUCGAGAACCACACCUAUACCUACUAUCCAACAGCUCGAUGAGAUCUUUCAAAUGGUCCCUGACGAACCUAAAGGUCCAGUCAAAAAAGUCGGUCCUCAAUAUAUAAAACCUCCAAGACCACCUAGACCAACAAACAACAACAACAAAAAGACCAACACUUCUAAUAUGACGAAUAGUUAUCUUCAGUCAUUUUUCGAAUUGAUAGGAUUCGGUAAGAAGGAAGAUGAUAAACCUCCAUUUGUGAAUAUCCCUGCUAUACGUAAUGGAGAUAGGGCGUUUAUAGUCGCUGUGAACGAUAGUGGGAAUACAGGUUGGGUGAGAUUCGGUAGAUCAGGUUUCGCAGAGUAUGCUCCGGUAUAA